AUGUUUUCAGACUUUAACAUCAUAAAUCUUCAAGACGAUGGUGUACUGAAGGAGCGGAAGAGUGAGUUCAACGUCGUGUUAGAGGCUAUGGUGCUUCAGCAGUUGGAAGAUGAAGCCGAAUCAAAUGGAAUCGCUCGCAAUUUGUUUGAUCUCAUAGAUUUUAUAGGAAAGGAUUGGAUCCCGGAAUUCUAUAAACGUCAUCGCUUCGUCGCAAUGAAUGUGUAA